AUGCAGCGGCUUACGUCGCGGCGCUUUGCCGGGCUGCUUGCAGCCGUGCUGUCCGUGCUGCUUGUGCAGUGCCGGGCGGACGGCGGCGGCGGCCCCAACCUCGCCGAAAGGGUUAUCUGGGCUGUCAAUGCCGGGGGAGAAUCGCACGUUGACGUGCACGGGAUUCACUUCAAAAAGGAUCCUUUGGAAGGCAAGCUAGGAAAAGCAUCUGAUUAUGGAAUGCGCCUGCCAAUCCUUCGCUCCAGUCCUGAGGAUCAAGUACUCUACCAAACGGAGCGCUACAACGAAGACACAUUUGGAUAUGACAUUCCUAUACGAGAGGAAGGGGACUAUAUACUUGUAAUGAAGUAUGCAGAGGUUUACUUUGCUCAGUCACAACAAAAGGUGUUUGACGUUCGAUUAAAUGGUCACGUUGUGGUAAAGGACCUCGAUAUUUUUGAUCGAGUGGGCCAUAGUACAGCACACGAUGAAAUAGUGGCCUUCUCCAUUAGACGUGGCAAGCUGAGUGUGCAAGGAGAGGUGUCGACCUUCAACGGCAAGCUUACGGUGGAAUUUGUAAAGGGCUAUUAUGAUAACCCUAAAGUCUGCGCUCUCUACGUGAUGAAGGGAACCCCAGAAGAUGUACCGAAACUCCAACCUCACCCUGGCCUGGAGAAGCACGAGGAAGAGGAGGAAGAUGAUGAAGACGGAGAGGGAGGGGAAGACGUCGGCAAGAAGAAACUUCCCCAGGAUUCCAAGCCCAGGGUCCAGUCGGGACCCCGAACACCGAACCCGUACGCUGCCGACAACAGCAGCCUAAUGUUCCCCAUUUUGGUGGCGUUCGGCGUCUUCAUCCCCACGUUGUUCUGCCUCUGUCGGCUGUGA